AUGAGCUCAGAAAACAAACCAAAGAACAUUCCAGCAUACGCGAACUUCUUGAUAGGUGGAGGAGCAGGAGUAUUAGCAAGAUGCGUGGUCCAUCCAGCGGAUUUAAUCAAGACUCGAAUGCAAUUGGGCCCAAAAAAUCAGUCGUUUACGAACACGGUCAGACAAAUCGUGGCAAGAGAUGGCGUUGUGGGACUCUAUGCAGGAAUCUCGGCAGCACUGUUCCGUCAGGGGACUUAUACCACUGCAAGAUUCGGUUUCUUCAAUAUUAUGUUUGAUUAUUAUAAGGGUGCUUAUGGCAUGCCAGGGUUUGGGGCGAAGCUGGUGCUGGGUCUGAUUUCUGGCGGUCUCAGCGCGAUUAUCGGCAACCCUGGGGAGGUGGUGCUGGUCAGGAUGACCGCGGACGGCCAUCUACCUCCGGGGAAGAGGAGGGAUUAUAAGAAUGUCUUCAACGCUCUGAGCAGAAUGAUAAAAGAGGAGGGGCUGGCGACGCUAUGGCGAGGAACGUCGUCCACUGUGGUCAGAGCUAUGAUCGUGAAUGCUGCACAACUUGGGACUUACGCGCAGGCUAGGGAGAUGCUCCUGCCAACUCUGGGUGAAGGUCUGCUGCUCCAGUUCUGUGCGUCCAUGAUAUCAGGUGUCGUGACCAGCGUCGCUUCGUUACCCAUUGAUAUCGUCAAGACAAGAGUGCAGAAUGCGACAGAAGGGGCGAGUCAGUUUAAAGUUUUCUUCGACAUCAUCAAAUACGAGGGGCCACUGGCUCUGUGGAACGGAUUUCUGCCGUGCCUUAUCAAGGUCGCCCCCCACACUAUACUCACAUUCAUGUUCUUUGAACAGCUGGUCGUGCUGUAUCGUAUGAUAGAAGGAGGGCCCAUAAAAUGA